UACUCUAUGUAUCCUAUUUUAGACGUUGAUUCAUACAAUGGUCUCUCUUUUUAUUUCUGGGAUCUAAUUUUGUUGGAGUUAUAUAUAUGGAAUUUUUCUCUUUGAAUUUGUGGGUGCUUUGUUAAAUCAGAAAGAGAGAGAGCAUGGUUAUUUAUUUAAUCUGUGAAGCAGAAAGAGUGGAAGAUGGAGUUUCAAUUUCCUUAACCUGUUUCAAUUUGAACCACUUUUGGUUUCUGUUUUUCUUGUAUCUGGAUAUCCUUUCAGAGUUAAUUAAGAUGGAUCAAAAAGGGACGGGAAUGUCUUACAUGACUUAAAAUGAUUUUGAUCUUCAUAGCUGUUGCAUUUUCCUCUUCAUUUCCUUUUCUUCCAACUCUUACAUAAUGACACUGUUAAAAGAAGUUGUUUGGAUUUAUUUCUGGCCUCAGAUUGUUUAGGAUUAAGUAAAGAAAAUAAUGCAGAGCAGUUUUGAGAUAGUUAGCAAACAACACUCGUUAUACCUUCAUGUCAAGCCUGUGAAGCUCUAAAGUUGUAGAAUUUAAUCUUAACCUUUAAGCAGCUUAACGAAAAGUAGAGAUUUCUUUUUUUUUUCACCAGUUAGAAAGUUUAUGACUGUACCUUUUUGUGGAUUGUAUGAGUUUUACGCACCUCUAGAGGAUCCAUGCACUAAUUACAAGACUGGUUGGGUCAAUUCAGUUGUCUGAUCUGUACUGUGUAAAGGAUAAUUAAUCAGGGAUGUGAUAAUGCUUAGUCCUGCAGCAGCGAUAAAUUCAUUUUGUUACCUUUGAAAAUUUUCUAGGUCUUGUAUGUUUUCUUUUUCUUAUUUUACACAAGAUAUUGGUUAGUUAGGACAUCUGCAUUGGUCAGUAGAGACAUCAUGAGGGCACUGGAUAGUAUUUUUUUUACAUUUUAGCCUUGGUUAGAGGGUGGGCAAGAAGAACACCGGAGGAAAUUAUUAAACAAGGUCAAUAAUAUCCCAAGAAAUUUAGUUUUUAACUGAGACUAGUAGGUCUUGUUAUUCAUGCAUCCCACAUAAAGCUUUUAAUGUUAUUGUUAUUGAUUUUGUAAUUACUGCAUCUUAUAAAUAUUUUCCAAGUAAUAGAGGAUAUGAAGCAAAUUAAAGAAUUUAUUUUAUUAUUACUUUCCAACAUCUGCAUUUUUACAUUAUUGGUGUCUGAAUAUGCUUCUCUUAUGACAUUACCCGUUAGAGAAUUAAAAAAAGUGAAAAUCCUCAUUCUAGUCCUUAAAAUUGUAAAUUGUCAGUCGCAUAAAUCCUUGAUACUUUGAUCCCUGAUAUUGGGGAAAGUUAUUUUCGAUUUCGUUCUCUACAGUUGUUUUCCAGCUAAAUAGACUAAUAAUGACAUCUAUAAAGACAUGGACUACGGUUUGAUACAUGAAUUUUCAAACACUAGAGUGAGGGUUUACUCUAAUGAAGCUUAGCACUAGUUUUAUCCUGAAAAAUAUCAUAUAUACCAUGAACUUCUGUCACAUUUUCACUAGAACAGUAGAAAUUAAUGGGAAAGAGACACCAAGGGGACGUGUUUUUGAAACAAACAAUACUGUUCUCAAUACUUUCGUAGGGAUAAAGUGCAUGCCCCAGAUUUUAUGUGAUUUCCAGUAUUGUUUAAAUGGGCUGUUUUGUCAGAUGGGAGAUGUGGCAAAGGACCUAACUGCUGGGACUAUUGGGGGGGUGGCGCAAUUAAUAGUUGGCCACCCAUUUGACACCAUCAAGGUCAAGCUCCAAAGCCAGCCUACACCCCUCCCAGGCCAGCUUCCCAGGUACUCUGGUGCAAUUGAUGCUGUCAAGCAGACAGUGGCAGCUGAAGGUCCAAGGGGUUUAUACAAGGGUAUGGGUGCCCCACUUGCCACAGUAGCAGCUUUCAAUGCUGUUCUGUUUUCAGUUAGGGGGCAAAUGGAAGCAUUACUGAGGUCGCAUCCUGGUGCUACUCUCACAGUAAAUCAGCAGGUUGUUUGUGGAGCUGGAGCUGGAAUUGCCGUUUCCUUUCUAGCUUGCCCUACUGAAUUGAUCAAAUGCAGAUUGCAAGCACAAAGUACAUUAGCUGGCACUGGAGCAGCUACCGUGGCAGUGAAAUAUGGGGGACCCAUGGAUGUAGCCAGGCAAGUUCUCAGGUCAGAAGGGGGCAUAAGAGGUCUGUUCAAGGGCAUGGUUCCCACUAUGGCUCGUGAAGUACCUGGAAAUGCUGCAUUGUUUGGUGUAUAUGAAGCACUAAAGCAAUUACUUGCUGGUGGCACUGAUACCUCGGGACUGGAUAGAGGUUCUCUGUUGCUUGCUGGAGGCUUGGCUGGAGCUGCAUACUGGCUCGCAGUUUACCCAACUGAUGUUGUCAAGAGUGUGAUUCAAAUAGAUGAUUACAAAAACCCGAAGUUCUCUGGUUCAAUUGAUGCUUUCAGAAGAAUUUCAGCUACUGAGGGGUUCAAAGGCCUAUAUAAGGGUUUUGGACCAGCAAUGGCCCGAAGUGUUCCUGCCAAUGCAGCUUGCUUCUUGGCAUAUGAGAUGACAAGAUCAGCUCUUGGAUGAUUAAUUCAUACAGAAACACUGAUAGCAGCGGUGCCAUUGAAUGACCAUGUUUCCUUCUCUUUUAAAUUCCUAAAACAUUUUCAUUUCUUGCAUUGCAAUUGCAAUUAUGGCCACAAAAGGCUUAACUUGUUAUUGAUUCAGGGAAUCGUUCUUUCAUCCGUGGUUAUGCAGCAGCACUUUAUUUCAGAGUCAA